CUAGCAGUUCUGAGCACAGCAUGAUGAGUCAAGAUGCUUCUAGCAGUUCUGAGCACAGCAUGAUGAGUCAAGAUGCUUCUAGCAGUUCUAAGCACAGCAUGAUGAGUCAAGAUGUUCAUAGCAGUUCUGAGCACAGCAUGAUGAGUCAAGAUGCUAAUAGUACUUCUGAGCACAGCAUGAUGUAUCAACAUGCUAACAGUAUGCCGUCAUAUCCUACAAACAACUUGCCUUCUUUGAAUUCCGACAUGCCUGUUGUGAACAACAACAUUCAUACUCAAUCAGCAUGCCAUAAUUAUGGAAUGCCUGAUAAUUUCAAUUUCAAUUUCAACAUGAAUACAGGACCAACCUACAUUAACCAAGCUGAUCAACAGAACAUACCUGCUCAGCAUGCAGUUCAAGCUCAACCUACCAACUGCAAACCAGCUCAAUCCUUGUAUGAAGAUAUUAAAGAUAUUUCCUCACUGACUCCACUCACAGAUAGAAGUUCCGAGGCGGUAAUUAUUUCCGGGAUUAACAAUAUUAAUCAAACAUGGAACCCGAUAUCAGGACAUCCAGUACUUGGGCCCAGUCCUUCAGCAAAACAACCUGUACUUGGGCACCGUGCUAUAGCAGUACAACCUGUACUAGGAUCCAGUCCAUCGGCAGUAAAGUCUGUACUUAGGCACCGUCCUUCAGCAGUACAGCCUGUACUUGGACCAAGUCCUUCAGCAGAUCAACUUGUACUUGGGCACCGUGCUAUAGCAGUACAACCUGUACUAGGAUCCAGUCCAUCGGCAGUAAAGUCUGUACUUAGGCACCGUCCAUCGGCAGUACAGCCUGUACUUGGACCCACUCCUUCAGCAGCACAGCCUGUACUUGGACCCACUCCUUCAGUAGUACAACAUGAAUUUGGACAGAAAAGAAAGGGCAAGGAUUUGGGAACAGCAGAAAGUACCAUUACUUCCGGAAUGAUGGGUAAAACUCCAUCAAAAAGAACCUGUAAACCUAAAAAACCAGGAGCUGAUGAAAUGAAGAAGGAAUAUGAGGAUCUAGAAGAGAAGUUAAAGAUGAAGAAUAGAAGAACAAGUGAACUGAGUAAGAAGUUGAAAGAUAUUGAGAGGAAGACAACUCUAGUCAUGUUGGAGACUGCAGGGCUACCUGCAAACCUGCCCAGUUACCCUCUUCAUAAUAUGCAAUGCUAAGGAUCAUUCCAAAUGCGGAUCAAUAUCCCAAAUAUAUAGAUUUACGUUUAAGAAAAUAUGUUUAAAAAAAUCAUUUAAUGUCUUAUGUAUAAAAAAUUUACAAAUUAAAAUUUUACAAUUGGAUAAUUAUUAAAUAUGGAAUGGAUUAGAUGCUGUGAUUAUUUCUAGUCUUCCUGUCGUUUAUUUUGCGCUGUACAUUGCCAAACUUUACAUAUACUUCUAAUAAGAAUUUAUUUUAUUAUAUUUAUAUAAAUGAUAAAAAAUUUCAUA